AAAGACUAAACGCAUCCUGUGAGGGCAAUUCGGGGUUUAGGUUUCCACAGAGCACAGUCGAGGCGUUUGAGACCAGGCUUCAGUAUUUAUAUACACACAUUUUCUAAGAACUAGGGUUUAUCAUUGCCUCUCAGACUCAGUCCGCCUGGAGAGAGAGAGACAGGUGGUAGAGAGAUGAAGACGAUAUUGUCAUCGGAGACAAUGGACAUCCCCGAUGGGGUGAAGAUCAAAGUGAAGGCGAAGAUCAUCGAAGUGGAAGGACCUCGAGGCAAACUUAGCCGCAACUUCAAGCACCUCAACCUCGACUUUGAGCUCAUCACUGACGAGGAAACCGGAAAGAAGAAGCUUAAGAUCGAUGCCUGGUUCGGCUCUCGCAAGACCACCGCCGCCAUACGCACCGCCCUCAGCCACGUCGAGAACCUCAUCACCGGCGUCACCAAUGGCUACCGCUACAAGAUGCGUUUCGUCUAUGCUCACUUUCCCAUCAACGCCAGCAUCACCAACACCAACAAGUCCAUCGAGAUCCGUAAUUUCCUCGGCGAGAAGAAGGUGAGAAAAGUGGAUAUGCUUGAUGGGGUUUCAAUUAACCGUUCAGAAAAGGUUAAAGAUGAACUUGUAUUGGAUGGGAAUGACAUCGAACUUGUUUCUCGGUCUUGUGCACUGAUAAACCAGAAAUGUCACGUUAAGAACAAAGAUAUCCGGAAGUUUCUUGAUGGUAUCUAUGUUAGUGAGAAAGGAAGAAUAGUCCAGGAAGAAUGAUUUAGUUGGUAGGAGUAGGUAUUUGUCGUAGUUGGUUUCUUUUUCAUGACAUUGGUUGUUUGUUCUCUUUCUACCCUUAGUCCAUUUGGAAGCCUUUUCUAUAUGAACCUUGCUCAAGCGGAAUAUACAAUUUUGCGUUAUUA